AUGGCGGACGGGGCGCGCUCGCUGCGCGGCGGCGGCGGCGGCGGCAGCCCGGCCUGCAGCCCGGUGCUGGGCGGGCGGGGCCGCGCCGCGGCGGGGGGCAGCAGCCCGCCGGGCCACGCGUUCCGCAGGGUGACCCUGACCAAGCCCACCUUCUGCCACUACUGCACCGACUUCAUCUGGGGGCUGGCCGGCUACCAGUGCGAGGUUUGCAACUUCAUGUCACAUGAAAAGUGCCUCAAGAAUGUCAAGAUACCAUGCUCAUGUAUUGCUCCCAGCCUUGUAAGGGUUCCAGUUGCACACUGUUUUGGGCCUCCAGGACAUUACAAAAGAAAGUUUUGCACUGUGUGCAGGAAGUCCCUAGAGUCACCUGCCUUUCGAUGUGAAGUUUGUGAGCUACAUGUGCACACAGACUGUAUCCUGUUUGCUUGCAGUGACUGCCGGCAGUGUCACCAGGAUGGGCACCUGGACCAUGAUAUUUACCACCACCACUGGAGGGAGGGAAACCUUUCUUCAAGUGCUCGUUGCGAAUUCUGCAAAAAAACUUGUGGGUCUUCUGAGGUGCUCUCUGGCAUGAGAUGCGAAUGGUGUGGCAUCCUGGCUCAUGCUGCAUGCUACGUAAUUGUCACACCAGAAUGUACCUUUGGAAGAUUAAGGAAUAUGAUUCUUCCUCCGAAUUGUGUUCAGUUGUUUUCUCGCAACUUCAGCAAAUUGCAUUGUUUUCGAAUAUCAGAAAAUCUGCAGACAGAAUCAGAUGAAGAUGAUGAUGUUGAUGGGUCAACACAAGGUUCAACAAAAGAUAUCCAAAUUUCAACAGAUUCAAGUAAACAGACACUAAAGAUAUUUGAUGGGAAUGACACAGUGAAACGCAAUCAGUUUCGACUAAUUUCAGUUCCAAGGAUUGCAAAAAAUGAAGAAGUUGUGGAGGCUGCUUUGAGAGCGUACUACAUAAAUGAUGACCAGCAGGAAUAUGAGCUUCAGACCUUUACGCAGCAGGUGCUGCUCUCUGAUGAUGUUAUCAACAGGAAUGAUGCUGCAGAGGACAGUAACUUGGGCUCAGUAUUCAGAGAAUCUGUUCCUGAAGCUUGGAUCAUCAGAGCCAAACCAAAGGACGAGGAAGUGAUCAGAAUUUAUCCUGCUUGGCUAAAGGUGGGAAUGGCAUAUGUUUCCCUACGAGUAAAUAAGGAUAGCACGGUGCAGACUGUGAUCAAAGAAGUGCUCCCGUUACUUGGAAGGCAGACGGAGUGCCUCCAGAAUUUCAAAUUGGUGGAAGUGCUUAUGGGCAGUAAGCAAGUUCAACGCAUGGUCUUGGACAAUCAGGAACUGAUUCUUAACAGACUCAAGGACAUAAGAAAGACUUCAAUACGUCAGAUGAAUCAAACAAGAUUUUACAUUGUGGAAAAUAGUAAAUCCAUUGUACAAGUAAAUUUAUUUGUUGGUGGCCUUCCACCGCAGCUUUCCCCUGAAGAAUACACAAACAUUCUCAAGGAAGAGUUAGCUAUCAAAACAAAUGUAGUAUCUGUGAGUCAUGUUUAUCCAGCACAAGGUGCUGUUGUACUCCAAAUUUCAUGUUUUUCUGAAGCUGAAAGAAUAUAUAUGCUAGUUAAAGAUACUGUUGUCAAUGACAAGCCUCUGAAUGCUGUGGUGAUUCCUACAGUUAUGGCUUCCAAAAUACCACAGAAUUGUUGCCCACUUCUUGUAUUUGUGAAUCCAAAAAGUGGUGGUCUAAAAGGUCGGGAUCUACUGUACAGUUUUAGAAAGCUGCUAAACCCACAUCAAGUCUUUGAACUUACCAAUGGGGGCCCACUGCCUGGGUUUCACACGUUCUCCAAAGUCCCCUCCUUCCGAGUGCUGGUGUGUGGAGGCGACGGCACCGUUGGCUGGGUCCUUGGUGCACUCGAGGAGAUCAGGCACAAGCUGGUGUGCUCAGAGCCCUCAGUUGCCAUCUUACCUUUAGGAACAGGUAAUGACUUGGGGAGGGUCUUGCGUUGGGGAGCUGGCUACAGUGGGGAGGACCCGUACUCCAUUUUGGUUUCUGUGGAUGAGGCGGAUGAUGUUCUUAUGGAUCGCUGGACUAUCCUUUUGGAUGCAGAAGAGCCAGCUGAAGGUGCAGAAAAUGGCAUUGCAGAACCUGAGCCUCCCAAGAUUGUACAGAUGAACAAUUACUGUGGUCUUGGCAUUGAUGCAGAAUUGAGCUUGGAUUUUCAUCAUGCUAGAGAAGAAGAACCAGGGAAAUUUAAUAGCAGGUUUCACAACAAGGGAGUUUACGUGAAAGUUGGGCUGCAGAAGAUAAGCCAUACUAGAAACCUUCACAAGGACAUAAAGCUGCAAGUGGACCAGCACGAGGUGGAAUUACCAAGUAUAGAAGGACUCAUUUUUAUUAAUAUACCCAGCUGGGGCUCUGGAGCUGACCUCUGGGGGUCUGAGAGUGACAACCGCUUUGAGAAACCACGUAUUGACGAUGGUCUGCUGGAAGUGGUUGGUGUGACUGGCGUCGUUCACAUGGGUCAAGUCCAAGGUGGUUUUCGAUCAGGAAUCCGCAUAGCCCAAGGCUCAUAUUUCCGUGUAACACUCCUAAAGCCAAUUCCCGUUCAAGUUGAUGGAGAGCCUUGGAUUCAGGCCCCUGGCCAGAUUAUAAUUUCUGCUGCAGGACCAAAGGUCCAUAUGUUGAAAAAAUCCAAGCAGAAGCAGAAAAAAACUGGAAGCCUGAAAGAGAUGAAAGUGGAUAGCAUGUCAGUCUCUGAAGGAGGACGCUAAGGGGAGAUCUGUGCUCACGCCUAUGGUAGAUACCACUGUCAUCCAGUAAAACCGAGUGCAGACAAGUCAUGAAGAGUGUUGCCUAUGACUGUGCCUUUCAUUACAUUUUGAUAGUACUGGGUUCUUCUUUGUCUUUCAAAGAUAGUACCUCAUUGUCACAAAUAACUCUUAUGUACCACUUGUCUCAUCUGAAAUGUUUACUUGGGGUUGCUUUUCUGUAAGCAGUUUCCCAGCCAAACAGAGAUUCCAAGAUACCGAGAUUUGUGCAUUUGCCUUCAUGAAAUAUCCUUCCCUCCUCCCAGUUCAUUCUUAAAGAAAAUCAUUCCAUAGAUAAUUUUUAAAAUUGUUCUAUAACUGAAAAUAUGUUCCUUUAAAUUAAUGCUCACAAUAGCAGCCUAACCAAAAAAAGGCAAAAACAUGAGCUGCUGAGAACUCCUUAGAUCAGUCCAAAGAGCACAGCUAAAAUAGUACAAGUGUAAAGGGAAAAACACAAAACACAGGAGAGAUUAAUUCUGUAAAAGGAUCCCAGUGCACUGGGAAGAGAGAGAAAGUGCUAGAACAGUUGAGUCAAAAUAUUUCAGAGCAUUUACUUCAACAGUAUUUGGACAGCAUGAAUGAUGGGGAAACAGCCUGUAUAGCAAUUUUUCAACUGUAGCUUAGUUUCUUAUUAUUCAGCCAAAGCCUGUUUUAACAGGCAUUUGAAUUUCAUCAGCGGCAACUCUCAAAAUAAAAAAGGAACAAGAAUACCCAAGGCAGUAGUAUAUUAUAGCAAUUAUUUUCUAUCACUGAAAUCAUUAUCUUUGACAUCAGACUUUUUUGUCCUGACUUCACUCGUGUUGUUUCAUUUUCAUUAAUUUGGACUGUUAUAUAAGAGAGAGCUCAAGAAUCUUCAUUAAUUAGGUUAAAAGAAUACCAUUUAGCGUUCAGUUAAGUAAAUUAGCAGAGUCAUAUGUUAGAGCUGAACUGAUUACAGCAUCACUUUGCUGAGGAGCCCUAGCAGCUAUUGAAGCCUGUAAUGUGCAUGUAACAUGCUCUAGGCUUCAAAUAACUGGGAAUACGAGAAGCAUCACGAAAAUUAAUUUACCUCAUCAGGCUUCUCAAGUCUUUUUGGGUGUUGUUAUUAGAUGUGGGCCCAGAGACACAGUGACUGUCUUUUCUCACUUGGACGAGUGUGUGCUCUUCAGAGGCUGUUUCUCCAUCAGUUCCUGUGAGGCCAAGAACAUCCCUCUGUGUUUACCCAUCUGCUGAAGGUGUGGGGAUCCAGUACUUUUACAGCUUCCUGCUGGAGACUGGUGCUGCAGCAGCCGUGCUGGUCCUGCCAUACACUAUCUGUAUCUGCUAUCCAUGGCUGUAGUAAUGUUCUUGACUCACAUCUCUGCUGUCUCAUCUCACCAUGGUUCCCCAGGGUCUGAACCUUUCAGUUUGGCCAACAUCAUACACAAAGGGCUCUGUGAGCCACUUGUGGGUAAGGGUGGGGCUGCAAGGUUUUGCCACUUGUAUGCAUCUGCUGCUUGGAGCCGCUUAAGAAAUGUUGGCUAGAGCCCACUUAGCCAUAUGGUGGGCUUACUUAUCCUCUGCUGCACAGUAAUAACUAUUUCAGCUGUGGGUAGCAUGAAUUCAUCAGGCAUGAAUUCAUCACUGGAGUGUCAGCCUUAGGAGCAUUCCUCUUGCCAGUGUGUCUAGAAAAACAUCUCUAGCUGCUUUGGGGGACUUAAGUGUAACUUUGAAAUACGCAAAAGCUGUUUUGUGAUGGAGCCAGUUACAUGCUGAGGCAGUUCUUGUGGAUGAGUCUGUACACUCAGCACUGUGCCAGCUUCAGCAACAGCUGAUCAUUACAUGUGCUUUCUGCUUUCCAGUCAUGGUGCUACAAGGGUGUGAAUGUCAUUUGUAGCAACAGAAUGAUGCAGCUAAACCUAUAAAGAGAGACAAAACAGCUAUGGAAAAUGGCAUAUGCCUGAAGCUUCUUUCAAUCUAGUGAUUCCUUCUCAGUUUUCUGGUAGAGAUGCAGUUGGAGGAAUGACUUCUGUUUUCAGUGAAAUAUUUUCUUAAUUGUUUAAAUUCUUAAUUUAAAUUUGGGGAUGUUCUUCAGAUCCCACAGUGUGGACUUCAACUUAACUUUUAUUCAACAUGAAAAUUGGAUUCAUACUGUGAAUGAAAUAGUUUGGAUAGUACAGACCUAAAACCCUUGUCUUCCUGAUCAUUAAACACAGGGUUGUCUUUAGAACCUGGGCAUGAGGGGUCAUUUGGACUUCCUCUGACAUCCUGCUACCAGCAUUACAAGUAGGGAGGAUGAAGUGUUAUGUUUCAGGAUGUGCACUCUCUGAAUGAAACUCACAUAUUAGAGAGGAAAUCUGGAAUAGGCUACUGUUUCAUAAUUGUCCAGAAAGAGAGAGAAACUGCUUUGUAUCCUUGAGGCAGCAGAAAGAAUGCAUAGUCUACUUUCCAGUUGCUGAGUCAGUAAUGGAAGCUGGGCUUUUUGUUAGAGAAAACACGCAUAAAUUUGAAGAUUGCUGGUACUUAAAAUUGUCUUUGCAGCCCAAAUAAAUAACCCUGUCUUACUAUUUUUCCAGGCAUAUAUAAUCCUGCAGCACGUAGCUGACAGUGUUUCAAGUUCUUGGCUUGUUAAGGGCCUGGCUGUCUUUCCUUUUGCUCUGUUAUCUGAAAUAACAUGGAACUCACAGGUCACAAUAUUUUAAUCAGAGGGCUCCUUGCUUUGGCAUAUUCUUCCUGGAGAUUUCCCAUCCCUGGAACUCUGUACGAGCCUGUUUUGGGAUAGCUUCCAGAGGGGGUCCUGGUGGAGGACAGAAGGCUUUGAGUUUUGUUUUACUUUCCUUUUUUUUUUUCCAGAAACCAACUGCCAUAUAUUUGAGCAGAUGAGUGCCACACUGGAAUGAAAACAUAGCUUAAGAAAAACACACUUAGUAUAUAAGCCUCUGUGCAUCAAAAGAUGAUGCUUAAUGUGUUUUGAUGACAAAACAGAAUCCAGUUGAGAUAGUAAACGCCCUGUAAAGCUUUUAAAAGGAGAAACUUACUCAUUAACCUCUCUAUUAAGAUGUUAUACUUUCAGGUUCUGUAAAGGCCAUUAUAUCGAGAAUAUAUGUGUGUGUGUAUUUUUUUUUCUCACAUUUUCAUUGCAUAUGAUGUUUGGGUGGGCCUCAUAUUGUCUUCCAUGGUAUGCAAGGCCUGCAUGAAGGGAGAGGAUAACUCUUUGCAGUUAAUAUGAAACAUUUAGACUUAGCCUUUCCACUGCACAUAACAAUGCAGUAUAAUUUAUGGGACAGUGGGCAGAUAGAUGAUUUUCCUUACUGACUGAGUAGUAUUCUGUGAGAACCUAGUGGUCACAUGGCCAAGUACUUCAAAUAAUGCAGCAACAAAAGUGCUGGGGAAGAGGCUCAUUUAUUUAAAGACAGAUGUUAAGUAACAGGACCAGGAGCUAUAACUGUGGACAGGGAAGAGAUGCAUGCUCUUUGUCAUCCUGAGCACCUUCUUUCAUCCUCUCUGCACUGCCUUUUUACCUUGCCUAUAAACCAUGGCAGGCACAAAUAGCACAACUAGCAUCUCUCCUGCUGAGGUACUCUCCUGACCUUUUACUAGUGUCCUACUUAGGCAUUGCCAGCAUUGGGGUGAGAAAGGUCCUGAAAACCUGUGUUUUGAAAGGUCCUGGCUCCUUUCAAAUACCCUAAUGUCACAGAUUAGUGCAGGUGGUCAGGUAAAAUCGAUUUUGGUGGAUAAAUGCAUUACCUCUGCCUUGGAUUAGCAGAACCAAAAUUCAAAAGCUCAUCCCUGAGAUAUGGGUGCUACUUCAGAAAAUUUGCUGCUUUUUUUCCCAUGGCUUUUACCCUUGAUUUGUACAGUUUAAAUUGCUGGUGUUUUCACUGCAUUGAUUUUUAGGUGGAACAGUUAUUUUGCCAAAACCCUUUUGUUUAUAUAUGUAUAUAUAUGUAUGUGUACAUACAUGUGCACACACGUUUAAGAAUACGCCUUAUUCUAUAUCCUUCCACAGUGCCUAAUUAUACAGCUUUUGCCCUGUUGCAUCAUUCUGAUAGCACUCACUUCUGCAUCUUUUUCUCACUGGUUUUGGACAUGAGGCAGGACUUGCACUUUCCAACAAAACAUCAUGGCAAUAUAGUGAAAGCACAACUGUGUUUAGUGUUCAGAGUCUCUGCAGUUAUGCAGUUUGAGCUCUGCUUGCUGUUUCUAGAUUUUAAUCAAGUAUCUGUGUGUCUAAAACCAAUGGCAAUGGCUAUUGUAGCAUUUAAAAAACAGGAAGAAGGUGUCACUGCAAGACUUAACUAAGGAACAAAACUAAAUGAACUGUUACAGAUAAUUGUUGUAUAUCUUCGUGGUUACCCUCUUACAAUUAUUGUAUAAAUUUCAUUUCUUUAAAGAGCAAAUAAUGCACUUGAUCUGAAUAUCAGCUGUUUCAAAUUGCUCGGCAUUUAUGCAUCCAUGUGAGUUUGUAGCAGUCCAUUGGCAUGAAAAAGUCAUUAUCAAAUGAAACUCUUUUUGUGGGAGGAGAAGGUAAGAGGAGCUGUUGUGACACUUAAAAUGGGCUUAUGUUGAAGACACAACAGAUUUGGUUGCAUAUGUGUUUAAUAAUGUCCCAACUGUAGGUAUGCUCUGUCUUGCACAUUCCAGCAACAGUACUGGGAGCUCAUUGGAGUUGUGCCCUGGCAGUAGAUACUCUUUCAGUCUGCACCCCAAAAGUCUUCCUUACCACGUUCAGAGUGACUGCACAUCUUCCUCUUUCUGCCAGGCUGCCCUCCUGCCCUGUGGGCCUAGCUCUGUACCAAAACUGGUAAUGAAGGUGUGGGCAUGUGCUGGUGAAUGUGUGUGGAGAGUGGGGAAAUGGAGUUCCUGCUCAGAAUGCUGCUCUGUCAGUUAGGCUUAGACUAUCCUUUAAUUUCUACUUCAGCUUCUACUUUAGCCACCUAGCAGCUGUGCAGCAAAGGUUUGGCAACUACUGAAUUACCUUGGAUUCACUGGUGACAAAGUUGCCUCAUUUUCAGGCUUCAAUCUUAUAUGCAUCAGAAUAUGUAUAACUUCAUUAUACUUUUUGCACUUAACAGAAAAUACAGGUUAGAUAGGCGAAGGGUGUGGCAAAAUUGCAAUGUUUGUACUUUUUUUGUAAAUAUGGGGAUGAUUCUACAGAUACAAAGAUGCACUUUCAGAUAACAAUGAGAACAAGUUUGUAAAAUACAAUUGUUCAGGAGUUUCUCUGGCUGUAGUGUUCCUGUUCCCCAUCCAUGUCUAACACUGUGUUCUCUUUGAAAGCCUGCUUGGGGAUAGAGAUUGCUUCUCACAUUGCAGAAUGUAUUUAUAGCUGACUGACUGAAAGUUCAUGUAAGUUUUUGAGCAAAUUUGCUGCUAUUCUAAGUUUUAGGUUUUACUAGACUGCUUCUAUAAUGCAUAAAAUAAUGUUUAAGUUUUAUUUAAAAUAUCAACACUUAAUGAUUCGACACUUAGUUGCAGGAGACAUGCAGCCCAAAGCCUUCAUUCCUUUUGCUAUUUAAUGGUUUUGUUUUGUUGUUUCUUGGGGUUUUUUUAGCAGUGUAGGCAUUGUAUAGAAUGUAGAGUGUAGUGUGCAGUGAAAUUAAUGCAAAUUACUAACCUUAACCUGCAAUUAGAGCAGCAGUUUCAAUGUUUACAGGACAGUGACUAUUGAUUGUAAACCCAUACGUGUCCACUGAAACAGUGCACUCUACAUGUGUUUUGGAAGCAUUGUUUUUACUUACCAUGGUAAUUAAUGGAAUAGUUCCCUUCUGGUUUUAGAGUCCUGGUUAUGUUGCUUUGGAGAGAUUUCAGUGUGGGUUAUAGCUUCUCUGCCAUGGAGUCACAGGACAAAAUUUGUACUGAUACAAGUGUGUUAUAUUGAACAUAUGUUUUCUGAAAGAGUGACUUUAUUUUUUGUGAAGAUAAUUAUGAGAAGGUUUUAUAGCAGAUCAGUGCUGAAAAAGUCUUGAAAUAAACAUUUGUAGAUAACAAAGAUAUGCCCCAAAGCAAAGUAUUUUUAAUAGGGCAUUGUUACUGCUGUAAUUAUCGCUCUGAGCUCUCCUGGCAGCAUACCCAUUUAGCAUGUCACUCUGCACUGGUCAAAUGUGUUAUUUAGGGGACAACCUGAUUUCAGAAGAUAUGGCUUCAUAUAUUGUGCGUAUCUAUCUCUAUUACACCUCUGGCAGCAACUCUCAAUAUAACCAUCAGCCACACAAGGCAGAGCUUCUUCCCCAUACAGAUCACUGCAGGUCGAAGAGCAGAGAGCCUGCCCUUGUGCUUGAUUGCAGAAAGGUUGUAAGUCUGGUGACUAUCUGGCACUUACAGUCCUUUCUCUCACCAUUACGGAGUGUGCCACACAGGCUCUUUUGCUUUCUGAAGGCAGGCAGGCACAAAUCAAGAGUGCCUGAGUCAAACUAACACCUUGUCUCACCAUGGCAUCCAUUUCUUAGUGCUGCUUAUCUUGCCAAAUUGGGUAGCAAGAGGUGCUUGAAGUAUUACUGAGUAUUUAUUGUGUAAUUUUGGGUGCUUAUAAAGCCUUCACUGCUAUUUUAAAGCAAAAUUGGGGAUCUGUAGCAUAGCAAUAGCUGUACUAACUCUAGCAUUCCAAACAUGCCCAAAGCAAGUUAUCCUUGUGAUAGUUUAGUUAGCAAUGGUGUAGCCAGCAGCAAUCAGUAUCUUGAAGCUACAAGUUCUGAGUAUUGGAAGACAACAUCUCUGCUUUGAAUGCAAAGCAUUAGAGUUCAUAAUUCACUAUAGAUGUCAGUAUCUCUGCUACUUACAAAUUACUGAUGACAUCUUAAUUCUUCUCAAACUAUGACUUAACUAUUGCUUAAAUAACUGGUUUUCACUUCUGGUUAUUUAAAUCAUCCAAUUUACAGAGUUGUAUGAAUGCUGUUUUAUUAUCAGGAUACUCUUAAGGUGUCUCGUAGCAGUUCUUGUGAAUGUUCUAAUACAUCUGUAAUAAAGAAUCCUGAACCAAUAAACUAAUGUAAGAUGACAAGCUAUUGUCUAGUGCUUUUUCUUUGUGCAUCUGCCUAAUUCUCAGAAAAAAAAAAAGAAAAAAGCCUAAGUAUAAGCAUUAAAGUGGUUGAAAACGGUUUCCACACUCUGUGCCUCAAACCAAUAAUGCGUUAUCACACACUUAAUUGUGGAUUUGUCUCAAAAACUAGCUUUUAAUGAUGUAACUUUUUUCUGUGUCUGCCUUGCCAAUGAGACUUGUCACUAUAUUGUGGUAACUUGUCUAAGCAACAUACCUAGUGUACGAAGAGAUUUUUAAAAAUGUAAUUUAUAAAAGAUAGACUUUUUCUCUUAUAUUUAAACAUCUGUUCAUCCUUGGGUUCUGUUCUUAGAACAAUUCUGUGUAUAUUUUGAAGUAUGUGUUUCGUGUUUGACUGUACAUUUUGCACCAAUAUGAAAUAUUGUAUUCUAAGUAUUCUUUACAAGUUCCAGAGAUCUGUAACUAGAACUUGCUGUGAAAAAUACAACAUCUCUUCUACCCUGUA